AUGUUUAAUUUGAAUAUUUAUUUUAUUUAUUAUAGUUUACAGAAAGUUAAUUCAAAUGAUAAUACACAUAAUAAACAUAUAGUAAAAGUCGAUGAAAAUUCGAAUAUUCUUAAUAGAACAAUUGAAACACAAAAUCAUAUCGAUACUAAAGAUGAAUCUUAUUUAAUAUCGGAAAGUAAUAAUAUGUCAAAUGAAUAUGAUAAAUCUUGUAUAGAAAGUUCGUGUAUUAUUAAAAUUGAUCCAUCACAUGAUGAUAAUGAGAAGAAGUUGAUUGACGGUGAUACUAUAGAACAAACUGAUUUAGAAGAUUUUAAUUCAUCAAUUAUCAAUUCAAAUCUAUCAUCAACAAUAAUACCAACACAAUUUGAUUCUAUUGUUGAACAUUAUAAUGAAGAUUAUUCAGAUGAUAUUCAACAAACAACACAAUUAGUCAGAUUAUGUUGUGAUCGUGAAAUAGUCGAUGAUUCAAAUAAUCUUCAUUCACGUUUAUUUGAUUUAAGUAAAAUGAAUCAUGUUGUAACACAAUUUAAUGAAAAUGGAUAUUUACUCAAUGAAUUUACACGUCAAUUAGAUAAAUUAAAAAUCAAAACUGAUUAUAUACUUCGAACUACUGAACAUAUUCCACGUGAUGCUGAAUUACUUGAAGCACGAUAUUCAACAUUGUUAUCUACAAUAGAAACUCUUUCAUUGUUAUUAAAAAUAGCACAAAUUCCAGCAUGUCGUUCUCUUAUAAAUCGUCUUAUUUUUUCAAUUGAACAACGUAUGGAACAACUAAAUAAAUUUGUUCAACUUGCAUCAUUAUCAUUAAAUAAUAGCCGACAACGAACAGAUAUAAAUGAUGAAGAUUUUUUAUCAUUUCGUAGUGCCUUAUCAUCAUAUGAACAACUUUUUAAAAUAUCUUAA